AUGGUUUCGAAACGAGAUAGGGAAUUUCUCAGGGAAAAUAUUCGCUCCAGGGGAGGCAAGCUUAGUGCUACUGAUCGCGAAGAUAUCUUGAAACCGUACCUUCCAGACCCAUCGGAACUUCCACGCUGGUCACCUCAGCGACGCAAGAAGCUUCCCCGCAAAACACCAAUCCGAACAUUCCUCAAAUUGCAAAUUCACCUCAUUGCCUAUACCUUCCUUCAUAUCUUCUUUGGCAUCGCCGUACGACUCGUCCAGAGUUAUCAUGCUGUCGUGGAUCGGAUCCUGGCUAUCAUUUACUAUCACCACCGAACACCGGAACUGAUACAGAAAGAUGUUAAAGGUCUCGACCGCUUACCUGAGCAUUUGAGUGUAGUUCUGUCUCUCCGCAAAGAGGAUGAUGCUUUACCGAUUCUCAUGGAUGAAGUUGCGGAACUUGUGUCCUGGUCAGCUAGUGCUGGCAUACCAGUACUAAGUGUAUACGAGAGGAGUGGUGUUCUCAAAUCCUACAUUCCGAUUCUACAUCAAGCCAUCACCAACAAGCUAUCUUCCUACUUCGGUAUCACACAACAGCCCGUCCUCCAACUGUUCGCGCCCCAUCACCCGGUUUACAAAAAUCGUCAAGAUGGAGACGCCUCUCACACCUCUUUGGUUGUACUUCUUUUGUCUGCAACAGACGGACAGGAGACUUUCGUUGAUUUAACGAAGACAUUAGCAGAAAUGUCACAGAAUGGAAAGCUUUCGCCGGAAGACAUCACGACGGAGUUAGUCGAUGCAGAGAUCAGCGAGAUAACAACGCGGCCAUCUCAGGAAGUUACACCAACCUCUACACAUAACAAUCUCGAUUGUCCCCGAAUCACUCAACCAGUCAAGCCAGAACCUGAUCUUCUUCUGGUUUUUGGGCAAUCUCUGAAACUCAACGGGUAUCCACCCUGGCAUAUACGCCUUACCGAGAUGUACUGCACAGGUGUCAAUAGUGAUGGGGUAUCAGGCUACAAUGAAAUUGUAGAGUACCAAGGGUUUCUCAGGGGCCUUUGGCACUAUGCCGGUGCUCAAAUGAGAUUUGGACGUUGA